UUGCACACAAAAUAGCAACGCUGCACCGCGCAAAAAGUGACGCGCAACUCGCUUUCAAUUUCAACGAUUUGUGCAAGAAAAAACGAUUUGAAUAACCUGAUAAAGCACUAUGGCCGAUACUGAUAAUUUGGACUCUCUGUCGAACAAUGAGCUGCGGGCGCAGAUGAUUGCCCAAGGAUUGCCAAACAUACCGGUAACAGAUAGCAGUCGCAAAGUAUUGGUUAAACGUUUGCGUGCCUCGCUUGGCGGCAACGCUUCGCCCGCUGCGAGUCCAAAGAAACCCAGUAAUCGUCGUGAGACCUUGCAGCCAGCAACUGCUGGUGUCCCUGCUUCUGUGGAUAAACCAGAUAGCUCCAGUGCUGCAGCAUCCAAGUCACGUCGCACUAUUGCUGCCGCCACUCCGAGUGAAGUCAAAGAGAUCGAACGCCGUCGUCCGGCUGGGAACAAGCCAGAAGUUGUUGCCUCACAGCCAGUUGCGCCUGUGGCUAAGCCGGCGCCCAUACAGUCGCGUCGCAUCUCGAACACGGAACGCCGUGAUGCGGUCCCUGAGCGUGUGUUGAAGAAACCCGAGAUAAUUGCUGAGAAGCCGUCCACACUUCCUAAGCGGCGCAGUCCUGAAAAUGUCUUGGACAACUCGCUAAUCAUACUCGAGUCCGACGAGGAGGAGGACGAGGAGCUGGCACAAGCAGUGAAGAAUGCCGAGGAUCAAUACAGGAAUAAACAGAGAGAAGCGCUUCCAACCAAGCUGCCCACUAAGCUGCCUCCGCAGGAGCCGCAACGUCGUCAACAGAUCUAUGAACCGCCCAGUGUCACUGAGGUGCCACGUCCACGUGAGUUGCCCAAGCCACGUGAGGUGCCGAGACCCAGAGAGAUGACUACUCAGGCGCAGCCAAGUCGGAGCCAAGCAACAGGCUUCAGUCAGGCAUCGGGCUUCAAUCAGGCGCCAAGUCGCAGUCAGGCGCCGCCCAUUACCAACCUGACACGCAGCACCUUGGCUAGCAGCAGUACCUUGGGCAGCAGCAGCUAUACUCGCUACAGCAGCUAUGUGAGCCAACCACAGCCGACCACAAGUUACAUAUCAUCGCUGUCUUCAGCUGCUGCCACUUCGGCUUAUCCACGCACCUUUGCCAACGAGCUAAGCGACGACACCGCCGAGGAAGAUGAUAAGGACCAGUCUGGUAGCAAAUCGGCACGCUUCGAGAGCGACUUUGCGCGCAAGUUGGCGAGUCUGCGUGCCGAACGCAUCGGAGAUCGCAGCAGUCCCUACAACAGACGCACCAUUGCCACAGCCAGCAGCGGCUCCAGCUUCGAGCCGGUGGCACGUCGCUCGCUGCGUCCCGAGAAUGUGUCGCUGUCGACACAGUUCCGACAAUUGGGCCAGAGCAUCGGACGCAAAUAUCCUGUGAAGACGAUCUUCGUAUUGAUUGUGCUGAUGCUGAUCUAUCUGGCCUAUAAAAUCUAUUAUUAACUUAAUGCGUCUGUGCCAUAAAUAGCUAAAGAAUAUACUCUUGAAAGUUUGUAAACAUGUUAAUGUAUUUUAAUGUAUUUAAUGCCGUUCUAAUUGUAAGAGUCUCAAUUGAUUGUAACUAGCACACACACACAACCGUAUUUUGGUGAAUUUUUGGUCAUGUGUGUGUGCGAUUUCCUUUGUACACGAGUUUAAAUAAAGCGUCAAGCUACUGCUAUAAAGAA